GCCACUCCAAGGACUAAUUGUCGGGCAGCAGAGCCCUGCCAAGGAUGCCAGGAGCAAACACUCAUCAAAGUUCCCGGAGCCGCCAAUCUCCUCGCUGAAUAGUGAGUGGCGGAAUUCACUGGUCUGCAUUGCAUUUCUUAAUUAGCAGGCGCUGAAUCAGCCCCAGAGGGGGAACCUUUAGCAGGAAUGAGGAACAGAAUAGAACAAAAGCUGUGGAUCUUGUCUUAGAAAUGACAUUAAAGCCACAACAAGUCUACAUUCCUGUCCUCCUAGCAGAUGCCGUCAGUGGUAACUGAUGUAUGGGAGACAGAGCCCCCUCAGUACCCCCAGAGGAGCAGCCGGGUGCCAAGUGCUGUCCCAGUGUGAACUGUGAGGCUGGAUGGAGGAGAGGACUCUGCCUGGGACCUGUGUGCUCAGCAUCACCUGCACCAGGAAUAUGAUGGUAUUGCAUCCACCUAAAUGACUCUGGUAUGGAGGAUAUAUAAUUUGCAAGUACAACCCUUAUAUCAAGAAGCAAAAAUCAUGAAGACUUUUCCCAGCUUUCAACUGGUUGUUUUGUCCUUAUUUUCCAAAGGAGUUUUGCUUUCUUCAAGUGACCACAACUUUGUAAGGAAAGAGAUAAAAUUUGAAGGUGAUCUUGUUUUAGGAGGUCUAUUUCCAAUUAAAGAAAAGGGCACAGGAUUAGAAGAAUGUGGAAGGAUUAAUGAGGAUCGAGGUAUACAGCGCCUGGAAGCUAUGUUGUUCGCAAUUGAUCAUAUUAACCGAGACAGUACACUUUUACCUGGAGUAAAAGUAGGUAUUCACAUUUUGGAUACCUGUUCAAGGGACACCUAUGCAUUAGAACAAUCCUUGGAGUUCGUUAGGGCUUCAUUGACAAAGGUGGAUGAAGCAGAAUAUGUGUGUCCAGAUGGUUCACUUGCCAUUCAAGGGAACAGCCCAUUACUUAUCGCUGGAGUGAUUGGUGGUUCAUAUAGCAGUGUAUCUAUACAGGUAGCUAAUUUGUUGAGACUCUUCCAUAUUCCUCAAAUAAGCUAUGCCUCCACCAGUGCCAAACUUAGUGACAAGUCCCGUUAUGACUAUUUUGCAAGGACAGUGCCACCAGACUUCUAUCAGGCGAAAGCAAUGGCUGAAAUCCUACGUUACUUUAAUUGGACAUAUGUGUCUACUGUUGCUUCUGAAGGAGACUAUGGGGAGACAGGGAUUGAAGCCUUUGAACAAGAAGCAAGACUAAGAAACAUUUGCAUUGCCACUUCAGAAAAGGUUGGAAGAUCAAACAUGAAAAAAUCCUAUGACAAUGCCAUCAAGGAACUUUUACAAAAGCCCAAUGCAAAAGUUGUUGUUCUUUUCAUGCGGAGUGACGAUACCCGAGAGCUUUUAGCAGCUGCCAACAGGUUUAAUGCUUCAUUCACAUGGAUCGCCAGUGAUGGAUGGGGUGCUCAAGAAAGCAUUGUUAAAGGCAAUGAGCACAUAGCAUAUGGUGCAAUUACUCUAGAACUUGCUUCACAUCCUCUUAAAGAAUUUGAUAGGCAUUUUGAAAGCCUUAAUCCCAGCAACAAUCAUCGAAACCCUUGGUUUAAGGAUUUUUGGCAACAGAAAUUUCAAUGUAGUCUUCAUAAUAAAACUGAGAAACCAUGUGACAAGCGCCUCAAUAUCAACAGCUCGAACUAUGAACAAGAAUCCAAAAUUAUGUUUGUGGUGAAUGCUGUGUAUGCCAUGGCUCAUGCCCUGCACCAAAUGCAACGGUCCCUUUGCUCAAAUACUACCCAUUUGUGCGAUGCCAUGAAAACUGUAGAUGGUAAGAAGCUCUACAAAGAUUAUUUGCUGAAAGUAAACUUUACAGCUCCAUUUAUUCCCCCCACCGCAGACAGUGUUGUGAAGUUUGAUGCAUAUGGAGAUGGCCUUGGUUUAUAUAACGUUUUCAAUUUUCAGUAUAAUAAUGGCAAAUACUCAUAUCUAAAAAUAGGUCAGUGGGCAGAGACCUUAUCCCUUGAUGUAGAUGUCAUACAGUGGUCAAAGAGUAUGGUGCCAACAUCACAGUGCAGCGAUCCAUGUGCUCCAAAUGAAAUGAAGAAUAUGCAACCUGGAGAUGUCUGUUGUUGGAUCUGUAUUCCAUGUGAAAUAUAUCAAUAUCUUGCAGAUGAAUUCACAUGUGUUGACUGUGGACCAGGACGUUGGCCCACCUCCGACCUAACCGGAUGCUUUGACUUACCUGAAGACUACAUAAAGUGGGAAGACGCAUGGGCCAUAGGCCCAGUAACAAUUGCAUGUCUUGGGUUCUUCUGUACAUUCCUGGUUGGUGGAGUCUUUGUCAAGCACAAUAGCACCCCUUUGGUCAAGGCAUCUGGACGUGAACUCUGUUAUAUACUCUUGAUUGGAGUUUUCAUGUGUUAUUCCAUGACAUUUUUUUUCAUAGCCAAACCAUCCCCAGUCAUUUGUACUCUAAGGCGAUUGGGACUGGGGACUUCUUUUGUAGUUUGCUACUCGGCUCUUCUAACAAAGACUAAUAGAAUUGCCCGGAUCUUUAGUGGUGUAAAAGAAGGUGCUCAAAGACCUAAAUUCAUCAGCCCCAAAUCUCAAGUCAUAAUUUGCCUAAGCCUCAUCUCUGUUCAAAUUGUUAUCGUGUCUGUUUGGCUUAUGUUGGAAUAUCCAGGAACCAGACGGUUUACUCUUCCAGAGAAGAGGCAAACUGUCAUACUAAAAUGUAAUGUGAAAGAUUCUAGUAUGCUGAUAUCUUUAACAUAUGACGUGGUUCUAGUCAUACUAUGUACUGUAUAUGCCUUUAAAACAAGGAAGUGCCCAGAAAAUUUCAACGAAGCCAAGUUUAUUGGAUUUACAAUGUAUACAACCUGUAUUAUCUGGCUCGCAUUUCUUCCAAUAUUUUAUGUGACGUCCAGUGACUACAGGGUCCAGACUACGACCAUGUGUAUUUCUGUAAGUCUGAGCGGUUUUGUAGUCUUGGGAUGUCUGUUUGCACCGAAAGUCCAUAUCAUUCUAUUUCAGCCACAGAAGAAUGUUGUAACACACAGACUCCAUUUAAAUAGAUUUAGUGUCAGUGGCACUGCAACCACAUACUCCCAGUCUUCGGCCAGUGCACAUUACACACCAACCAUUUGUAAUGGAGGAGAAGUUCUAGAUUCGACCACCUCAUCCUUAUAAUCGUCAUCAAUAUUUCU